UGCAAUCGCGUCUAGACCAACCUUCCAACGUUCCAAUAUCCAACAUGGCAGCACGUUUUUUGUUGGUCCUCGUUUGCGUUGCCGAGUUGGCGUCAUUGAUAGCUGCGGACGGUCACGGCGGUGGUCACAAGAAGGUGGUCAUCCACGUGCCAUUGUUCGUGAAGCAUCAUCACCACAAGCACACCAUCGUGAAACAUGUACACCACAAGAGCGGUGGUGGCGGUGGUGAUGAUCAUUACGAGGUUCUAGGAUAUACUUAUGGUGAACCUAAAGCUGCACCACAUUUCGGCGGUGGCCACGGUUGGGGUGCUGCAGACGAAGGUCACGGGCAUGAGGAUUCCCCUGUCAGCUUCGAAGGUGGAGACCACGGUAGCUACGGCCUAUCAGGCGACGACACAGGCCACGGAUAUUAAACAAUAUCCAUAAAUAUAUACACAAAUAGCAUUAAAUUAUACUUCUUUAUAUAACCGUCUUCUUGCCAGAACAAUAUUAAGCAAAUACGUUAAUAUAUUCGGAAAACAGAUGAAAGUAUGGAUGUAUUGUGUGAAAGAUAUGUUAAUUCAUAUAUGACGGCUGAUAGAGUUGUGUGAAAGUAGUAAAAACUGUUCUGUCUAUCUGUAAGAAAGUUCUAGAACAGAUUAUUAGUAAACAAUACAGUAUCUAUAGAAAAGACUUUAUUAGUUACUGCUUUAAUUACUGUUAAGAAAUAUAUUUUUCAACUGCCUGCUCUUUUAAUUGAGCCUGUCUAGAUUUUGUAUGUUGUCGCGUGUCUAUGACUGUAUUUGCUUGUGUGUGUGUGUGUGUGUGCAAAUUGAAGAAAUUAUUUAUAUGCAAACAAAUUAUCUUUAUUUGUUAUAAAGAACAAACAUAAAUGUACAACAAGUAAAGGAACAAUUUCUCCUCUAAUAACAUCGCUGAUAUUAUAUACCAAAAACUCAAAAGUAACUAAUACAUAUUACAUUUUAAUCAAAACAUUAUGCACUGUGUUCCAAUGGGUUUAAGUUUACUUUUGCUUGAUUUGAUUUAAACUCUACCUGACUUAAAAUUUAUCUAUAGACAGUAUCUAACUUUUUAAUACUUAUAAAUCACUAAAGUUGAAGCAAUUUGUAUAUUUUAUUUGUACAAUUUAUAUUCUGAUUGCAUUUUGAUCAUUAUUUAUGUUAACAAGCUUUUAUAAGUAUCAACAAUAUAAAGCCAGCUAUACACGUUUAGUUUUAACUGUACAGUUUCAACUGAACAGUCGAACUGCUUAGGGACAUUGGAACAGUUAAACUGUAGUUUUCUGUUUGGUAUGUGUACGCAAGUUUUAAAAUUAAACGAAUUGUUCGAUUAUUCAGUUAUAACCGUGAUGUUAAAGCUAAAGGUGUUUUACCGGAUUUAGAUUCCCUAUAAAUAAUUAAUAUUUCUAUUAAGUAUUUGUUAUGUUUUAAGAAGAGAAAUAAUGUUGUAUAUUUUAUGAGGUUUGUUUUGUGUUGGUGUGAUGUGUGAUUCCAAGAAAAAU